CAGUUGUAUAUCCCAGCAGCAUUUCAGUUGUAACAAAAAUUUCCGUUAUCCUUCUAUUUAUUUCCUCCUCUCAUAUCUCCGAUAUUCCUUAACAUCCGCUCUCAAUUUUCUUUUUUUUCCCCCGCUUCUUUCGACGUCACUCCCGUCCCGUGUUAUCUCUCAUAUAUGUGAACCAUGAAACAGGUCGUGAAGGUGAAUCGCGGCCUUGCUCAGGUUCAUCAUCUCCGCGCUGUGAAAUCACUGCAGCUGGGAGCAUUCGCGAAUGUUCUAGCGACUGUGUACACGAUGGCCGCUUGUGCCUUUCGUGGAGUUGAAACACGACUGAAAUAUGACGCAUCGAAUGACGACACGUCAAACUUAUUGAAAAACGGAAAUGAUGCACCAUCAAAUAUCGUCGACGUUAAGCAGCCACUUAUUCCGAAAAAUGCCAGAUUUUUCACGGGUAGAGAAUUGCUUUCAACCUUACUCAGCAUUGAGGCAAGGCAAAACUCCGGGGUUUCUUCGGACAUGCUGGUGGACGGAAACAAAUCCAAGCUGAUGCCGGAAAUGAAUCCAGUUUUCCGGAUCCCCGAAAACAGCCCUAUGUUUCCCGACGGGGUUAGGUUCAAUUCCUGCGCUAUUGUGGCGAGUUCCGGCGGGUUGCUUGACUCGAAUCUGGGGGAAUUUAUAGGCUAG